GUGGUUCGGCGCGGGGGCCGUUGGCUCCAGACAAAUAAACAUGGAGUCCAUCUUCCACGAAAAACAAGAAGGCUCACUUUGUGCUCAACAUUGCUUGAAUAACCUAUUGCAAGGAGAAUACUUCAGCCCUGUGGAAUUAUCUUCCAUUGCACACCAGCUAGAUGAGGAAGAGAGGAUGAGAAUGGCAGAAGGAGGAGUUACUAGCGAAGACUAUCGCACAUUUUUGCAGCAGCCUUCUGGAAAUAUGGAUGACAGUGGCUUUUUCUCUAUUCAAGUUAUAAGCAAUGCCUUGAAAGUUUGGGGUUUAGAAUUAAUCCUGUUUAACAGUCCAGAGUAUCAGAGGCUCGGGAUCGAUCCCAUAAAUGAAAGAUCAUUUAUAUGCAAUUAUAAAGAACACUGGUUUACAGUUAGAAAAUUAGGAAAACAGUGGUUCAACUUGAAUUCUCUCUUGACGGGUCCAGAAUUAAUAUCAGACACAUACCUUGCACUUUUCUUGGCUCAGUUACAACAGGAAGGUUAUUCUAUAUUUGUUGUUAAGGGUGACCUGCCAGACUGCGAAGCUGACCAGCUCCUGCAGAUGAUCAGGGUCCAACAGAUGCAUCGACCAAAACUUAUUGGAGAAGAAUUAGCACAACUCAAAGAACAGAGAGUCCAGAAAACAGAUCUAGAACGCGUCUUAGAAGCAAAUGAUGGUUCAGGAAUGUUAGAUGAAGAUGAGGAGGAUUUGCAGAGGGCUCUGGCACUAAGUCGGCAAGAAAUCGACAUGGAAGAUGAAGAAGCAGAUCUCCGCAGGGCCAUUCAGCUCAGUAUGCAAGGUACUUCCAGAAAUAUAUGUCAAGAUAUUCCACAGCCUUCAGGUACACAUCUUACUUCAGAAGAGCUGCGAAAGAGAAGAGAAGCCUACUUUGAAAAGCAGCAGCAGCAGCAGCAAGAGCAGCAGCAGCAGCAGGAUCCACCAGGACAGCUCACGCAUCCGUGUGAAAAGCCGACCGCAAGUUCAGGAGCACUUGACAGUGACCUAGGUGAUGCUGUGAGUGAGGAAGACAUGCUUCAGGCAGCUGUGACCAUGUCUUUAGAAACUGUUAGAAGUAAUUUCAAAACAGAAGGAAAAAAAUAAUAUCUUUCACAAAUCAUUUAGAUAUUCAGUCUUUCCAAUAUUGUCCUGUGUGAUCACAGCAUAGGGUCCAUUUUGGUAAUGUGUCAAAGAGAACAAUUUUCAACAGAGGAAAUAAGACUUAGGUGGUUUACAAACAAAAAGAUGAGAGGGUGGAAAAAUCCAUCGGUUGUAGGACUAAAUAAUGAUCCUCCAAACAUUAGCCAAAGAGGCAUUCAGCAAUUAAAGAAAUUUAAAAUAGUUUUCUAAA